UGUGCAACAAAAUAAUAAUCAUUAGUAUUAGUGAAGUGUAAUCGUACUAACUAUGGAAACCGAAGUAGUCUCAACGUCUUUUACAAGUUCUUCUGGAGACUCCAGUUCCGUAGAUAUCAGUGAACAGUUUUUACAUUUAGUAGAUGAACUAAAUGAAUCUCUUGAACAGCUUAAAAUGCCUGACGACUUUGUUGUUUAUAAUCCCACCAUUUACGCGAGAGAACCGCUUGAAAUGUAUGUGCGUAAAUAUUGCAACACACCGAAACGUAUUCUAUUCCUUGAUAUGAAUCCAGGGCCGUUUGGAAUGUCUCAGACUGGAAUACCAUUUGGUGAUAUAAAGUCAGUUCGAAAUUGGCUCGGCAUAACUGGAUCAGUGGGGAAACCACCAAGAGAAAUAAAAGAUCGAGAAGUUUUGGGUUUUGACUGCACAAGACCUGAAGUUAGUGGACAAAGAUUUUGGGGCCUAUUUAGAACUUUGUGUGGGACACCGGAAAAUUUCUUCAAAACCAGUUUUGUUUACAACUACUCGCCUCAGCGGUGCAUGAAUGCAAAGGGCGUGCGCAGUUGUAUUCGUACUGAACUCAAAAUGCCCGAAUUAUACAAUAUUUGUGACCCUAUUACACGGGCCUUAUAACACAAAUGGUGAAAUGUAGGCGUAGUGUAUAGCGGUAUUACGUGCCGUAUUGUGCACCAAUCACCACCUUCGGGGGUAAAAAAGGCAGGAGGUCGUUGUUUUUUUUUUAUAAUAA